AUGCAACUGAAACUGUCUACCAGCCUCUACUACCCGAUAACCGUCACGGAACUGUUGAAAAAUACCGGCGAUGAAGUGAACCAAGGAGAUGGACUGUUCGCGUACUUUUAUCGCACGACUGUGACGGAGGGUGAUGGGCUAGGUAACAAGGUGGAUGUGGUGAGGAUGUUUCCCACCAGGUUUGAAAGCACAGUAGACGGCACCUUGGUGGACUGGAAGAUUCGGAAGGGACAGGUUAUUGAGGCGCCUGCAAGCUAUAACACGGAUGUCCUUGACUCGCAGCGAGCGCCGAUACGCAUGGUGCACGACAACUCUGCGCUGACCGUUAGCGAAAGCGAAGCCACCCGAGUAGAAGAGGAUGCCAAACGGAGACUGCUAUCUUCAAGAAGGCUGUCGCUGGUUGUUGACCUGGAUCAAACUAUCAUCCACGCCACUGUGGAUCCGACGGUAGCUGAAUGGCAGCAGGACAAGGACAACCCCAACCACGACGCCGUCAAGGACGUGCGCUGUUUCCAGCUGGUUGAUGACGGGCCUGGCAUGAGAGGUUGCUGGUAUUAUAUCAAACUACGACCGGGACUGGAGGAAUUUCUCAAAGUGGUGUCCAGCCUCUACGAGCUUCAUAUCUACACCAUGGGAACGCGGGCGUACGCCCAGAACGUAGCCAACAUUGUCGACCCAGACAGGAAGAUCUUUGGAGACAGAAUCCUCAGCAGGGAUGAGAGUGGCAGCCUCACAGCAAAGAACCUCCAUCGAUUAUUCCCUGUAGACACCAAGAUGGUGGUUAUCAUCGAUGAUAGAGGAGACGUGUGGAAGUGGAGCGAGAACUUGAUAAAGGUUACGCCCUAUGACUUCUUCGUUGGCAUCGGCGACAUCAACUCCAGCUUUUUGCCAAAGAAGCAAGAGCUGAAAGCAAAGCCAAAGCCGGGAGCAAAGGCGAAAAAACAGAUACCCGUCGCUGAUGCUGAUGCUGCAGAAGGAGAUACAAAGCUAGAAGCCAAUGGUUCAAAAUCCGAGACGGCCGAGGCCAACGAAUCCUCUUCCACAGGUUCCGAGCAGUCAACGCUUGAGCAACUGGUAACGAUGGGAGGGGGGGACAACCCGGGAUUGCUGCAGGAGCAGGCAAGCCAACAGGAAGAAGUCAUUGCUCACCAGGUGGAAGAGCGCCCUCUGCUUCAGAAGCAAAAGCUCCUGGAUGCAGAAGAUGAGGCGGCAGAGACCCAACAAAGUACGGAAAAUGGCGAUUUAUCCAGUGAUGAGUCCCAGGAUUCGAUAAAACACCAUCGCCACCAUCUACUUGAAGACAACGACGGUGAGCUUCCGCAGCUGCAAGAGCGUUUGCGGUUAAUACACCAACGUUUCUUCGACGAGUACGAUCACAGGCGCACGCAGGCGCUUGGUGGUAGAGUAUCGGCUUUGAAAGGCCAGCGUGCCCCUGCAAAGGACAAGGCGAUCGAUCUACAGAUAGUCCCGGACGUCAAGGUCCUAAUGCCAGAAAUCAAGCGGGCAGCUCUCGAGUCUGUCGUCCUGGUGUUUUCGGGUGUGCUUCCUCUUGGAACGGACACUCAGAAUGCUGAUAUUUCGCUAUGGGCCAAAAGCUUUGGCGCAACGAUAACCUCAAAGAUUAACUCGCGUACAACACACCUUGUUGCUGGAAGGAACCGGACGGCCAAGGUGCGGGAAGCCACUAGGUACCCGAAGGUAAAGAUAGUCACCGUUCAAUGGCUCGUUGACUGCAUGACACAGUGGAAGCGGCUGGACGAAGAGCCAUAUCUUGUUCCCGUGCAUCCAGACGACAGAGGCGAGCCCAUCGGCUCGUCUGAGAACUCGCCAGAUGGUAAAGAAAACGCAGACGACUCCUUCACCUCAUCAUCAGAAGAGGACUCGGACCCCACCAGCGACGACGACAGCGAUAGCGUGAGGUCCUCGAAGCUGGCUAGAAGGCGAAGAAACUCCGACGAGGAAAUCCGGCUAUCCGCCGGCCUGACCGAUCACUCUCAGCUUGGCUACGACGAGCAGGAGCAGGCCACCGUCCACGACGAGCUCAAGGAGUUCCUCGGCAGCGACAACGAAGAUAGUGAGAGUGACACCGACUUUUCCAUGCUGUUCGCGGACAAGAAACGCAAGCGUGAGGCCACAGAGGAGGCAGAGGGCGGGAAUGAAGAAGACACAAGCGCUGAAGGUAGCGGCUCCCGUCUAUCCCAAAAGAUCAAGCGAUCUCAUGAACGAACCACAGGUCUAAAAGAAGUUUCUACAGCUCAGCCGGGCGUCUCUGCAACGGAAGCACCCGCUGAACCGACUACCGAUACGGAAAUGGAGGUAGGCAAAGAGGUUCUGAUGGGGGACAAACCUGAGGUCGAGCCCAAGUACAAGGAUUUAGAUCCCGUCGUGGAUGACCCAGAAGACGACGACGAUGCUCUCGAGCGGGAGAUGAUGGCUGCCUUUGAUGACGACCAGGGCUGGGACGACGUGUUGGCCGAGGAUGAGGAAGAUGCCAACUAG